AUGAGAGAGCAUAUUCGAGACAUUGACUUCCAGAUCUACGAAUCUGCAGAUGACAUCGGCGGAGUGUGGCAUCACAAUCGAUACGCUGGUGCCGCAUGCGACAUUCCCGCGCACAGCUACCAGUACUCCUUUUGCCAGAAUACCCAGUGGUCCGAAUUUUAUGCGCCUGGUCCAGAGAUUCACAGGUACUUGAAGAAGGUUGUCGACCAUUACAAAUUGCAGAGUCUCAUCAAGCUGCGGCACCGAGUCGUCGGAGCCGAAUGGUCACAAGAACGUGGGAAGUGGUCAGUCAGAGUGGUAGAUCUAGACAAGAACGAGGAGAAAGUUGACGAGGCCGACUACUUUUUGUAUGCCACUGGUCUUCUAUCAAAACCCAAAUGGCCAACGAUUACGGGUCGAGAAAGAUACAAGGGCAUUCUGCAUCACUCUGCAGCUUGGGAUGCCGCCAAGGAGGAAGCACAGGAGGGGUUCUCAUGGAAAGACAAGAGAGUAGCCGUCAUUGGUGUGGGAUCUAGUGCAAUUCAGAUCAUGCCACAGAUGCAAAAGAAAGCAAAACAUGUUACGAACUUCGUAAGGAGUCGAACUUGGGUCUCCUCCACAUUUGCCUCAGCCUUUCUUGAGCGCCUCAACGAAGGUGCAGGAGCUAGCAACCAUGUAUUCUCUCCCGAGGAAAAGAAGAGCUUUACAAACGAGGAGUUCUACUCUCAGUUCCGUCGAGAGUUAGAGAGAGGCCUCAACGCCGUACACAAGAUUACUGAGCAGGGCCAACCUUUGCAGCUAGAAGCCCGAAUGAUCAUCGAGACUAAGAUGAUGGAGAAGCUUGCAUGCAAGCCUGAAAUCGCUGAGAAGCUUAUACCUGACUUUCCAGUUGCUUGCAAACGACUCACGCCGGGACCGGGUUACUUGGAGAGUCUAACGGCAGACAAUGUCGAGUUCUGUUCUCAAGACCUGGCAUCGUUCACUGAGAAGGGUGUCGUGACAGCUGACGGCCGCGAACUUGAAUUUGACGCGAUCAUUUGCGCCACUGGCUUUGACGUCUCUGCCGUACCUAGCUUCCCGAUCUAUGGCUCUGGCGGCAUUAAUCUGCAAGACCUGUGGGCCACAGAUGUCAAACAGUACUUGGCUAUUUGUGUUCCUCAGAUGCCUAACUUCUUCCCAAUCCUAAACGCUCAGUCUGGCGUUGGCUCAGGAUCCUUGCUCAUCUUGAUGGAGCAACAAAUCGCAUACGUCACGAAGUGCAUUCAAAAGUGCAUUCGUGAAGGGUACAAGAGCAUUGUUGUGAAGGACGAAGCUGUGGGAUCUUUCCUUCAAUACGCAGACAAUUACUUCGACAGGACUGUGUACACCGGUAAUUGCAAAUCAUGGUACAAGAAUGGGGCUUCGGGCAAGGCCAAGAUCCGAACCCUGUGGCCUGGUUCUUGUCUACACGGGUAUACCGCUCUGCGUCACCCUCGAUGGGAAGAUUUUGAAUACGAGAGGGCCGAAGACUAUGAUCAUCGAAUGGCAUGGCUUGGCAACGGAGAUGUCCGACCGGAUCUUGAUCGAGUAUUCUAUCUAGACGAAAUUUGGGCGAUGCACAAGGAUCAUCCAAUGUUCAAUGAUUGA